UCUCACAAGAUGGGAAGUGGUCAAUUUCGUUCUGUGAAUACUUUUCUUCUAAUUAUAUGUCUUUUUGUCAUAUUUGUUCAACAAUCAUCCAAUGCCUUGUUGCUAGAGCUUUCUCAUAACUCUAAGAGAUCAUCAGAAUCAAUUAGCAGCGGCUGCGAUAUCUUCCAAGGAAGUUGGAGCUACGAUGACACAUAUCCCCUUUACAAUGCGUCUUCUUGUCCAUUCAUCGAGAAGCCAUUUGAUUGCCAGGGAAAUGGCCGCCCUGAUCAACUCUAUCUCAAGUUCAAAUGGAAGCCCAACCGAUGUGAAUUGCCUCAAUUUAAUGCUCCACAUUUCUUGAGGAAAUUUAAAGGGAAGAAGAUAUUGUUCGUAGGGGAUUCACUGAGCCUCAAUCAAUGGCAGUCCCUUACAUGCAUGUUGCACGCAGCUCUGCCCCAAUCAAAUUACAAUCUUCAAAAGAAAGGCAACCUCUCUACUUUUACUUUCAGGGAAUAUGAUGUUUCUUUGAUGCUAUCUCGUAACGCAUUUCUGGUGGAUUUGGUGGAAGAGAAUAACAGAAGAAUUCUGAAGCUUGACUCCAUACAAAAUGGGGAUGCAUGGAGGGGUUAUGACGUGCUUAUUUUCAACACUUGGCAUUGGUGGCUCCACAAAGGAAGAUCAAGAUCGUGGGAUUAUUUUCAAGAAGGAAACAAGGUUUAUAAAGACAUGGAUCCUUUGGUUGCAUUUGAGAAGGGCCUGAAAACAUGGUCCAGGUGGGUGGACUCUAACGUGGAUCCUUCCAAAACCCAAGUCCUUUUUCAGGGCAUCUCUCCAACCCAUUACGAUGGCAAGGAAUGGGAUGCUCCAAUAGCAAAAUCUUCAUGCAUUGGGCAAACUCGGCCGAUCCUGGCUCCUGAAUACCCUGCCGGACCACCACCACCUGCGGCGGUGGUGAAGAAAGUACUGGCUAACAUGUCCACCCCGGUGACUUUGCUAGAUGUAACCACACUUUCACAGCUAAGGAAAGAUGGGCAUCCUUCAAUUUAUGGUGAUGGCCCUGAUAGCCAUGAAGAAAAGGAUUGCAGUCAUUGGUGUCUACCUGGUGUUCCUGAUGCUUGGAAUGAACUAUUGUAUGGAAUCCUUGUGAGAAAUGGACAACUAAAAAGACAGUUGAUUCAUUAAUUGAUUCAAUUAAUGCAGCUAUCUAGUGAAGAA